AUGAAGUUCUUCGGCUCCUCCAUCUUCACAUUCGGUCUCAUCGCCGGCUCUUUUUUCACUUCUGCUGCCGUUAUUCCGGCAGAAAAGGCAGCACUCGCCCCAAUUGAAAAGCGAGCCGUGGAUCUUAAUACCGCUAUCGGUAUUGUGCAAAGCGUUUAUACCAAAGUUCAAGUUGUCACUGGCAAGAUCAACUCUACGGUCGCUGGCCUUAGCAACCCCGUUAAUCCUGUCGAGGGCGCCGCCGCGGCGCUGGAGUUCAACACCGCUAUUACAGAAAUUACUGCUAUUGUUACUGGUGGUAUCGCCGAAAUCAAUGGAGCUGCUUCAAACCCUGUUAGCAGAGCUCUUGCUGUUCGACAAGCGACCAGUACCGAUCUUGCAGGUCUUGUAACUAAUCUCUUGCUUGAGAUCUCGGGAGCUUUGAAUGGUAUUCUUGCUGUUUUGGGACUUCAAGCGUUGCUCGCUGGUACCCUUGGUGGCCUUGUUGCUGCACUUUCUGCCCUCCUUCUUGCACUUGUUCCGGUUGUCGAUAACCUCCUUGAGCUUGUCCGCAGGCUUUUGGAUGGUCUUCUUAUUGGACUUAGCGCUGCUCUUGCUGGGUUGAUUAUUUAA